GGCGCGGGGCGGGGCGCGGCGGCGUCUAGGUGCGCGGGCCGAGCGGCCGUGAGUGUGCGCUUUCCUCGGGCCCCCGCCCGCCGCCGCCGCCGGCAUGAGCUACGACCGCGCCAUCACCGUCUUCUCGCCCGACGGCCACCUCUUCCAGGUGGAGUACGCGCAGGAGGCCGUGAAGAAGGGCUCGACCGCGGUUGGCGUGCGAGGAAAGGACAUUGUUGUUCUGGGCGUGGAGAAGAAGUCAGUGGCCAAACUGCAGGAUGAGAGAACCGUGCGCAAGAUCUGUGCGUUGGAUGACAAUGUCUGCAUGGCAUUUGCAGGGCUCACUGCUGACGCGAGGAUAGUCAUCAACAGGGCCCGAGUGGAGUGCCAGAGCCACCGGCUGACCGUGGAGGACCCAGUCACCGUGGAGUACAUCACCCGCUACAUCGCCAGUCUGAAGCAGCGCUACACGCAGAGCAAUGGGCGUAGGCCAUUUGGCAUCUCUGCCCUUAUUGUGGGUUUCGACUUUGAUGGCACGCCCAGACUCUAUCAGACUGACCCCUCGGGGACAUACCAUGCCUGGAAGGCCAAUGCCAUAGGUCGGGGUGCCAAGUCAGUGCGUGAAUUUCUGGAGAAGAAUUACACUGAUGAAGCCAUUGAGACUGAUGACCUGACCAUUAAGCUGGUUAUCAAGGCCCUCCUGGAAGUGGUUCAGUCUGGUGGCAAAAACAUUGAACUGGCUGUUAUGAGGCGAGAUCAACCCCUCAAGAUUUUAAAUCCUGAAGAAAUUGAAAAAUAUGUUGCUGAAAUUGAAAAAGAAAAAGAAGAAAAUGAAAAAAAGAAACAAAAGAAAGCAUCAUGAUGAUGGAAUCUUGUAGUGAUUUUUAAAUUCAGAUCAUGGAAGAUUCUCAAAAAUGAUAUGUAGGCAUUUCCAUUCCAUUUACUGUCCGUGUGUCCUGCAAUAAAUUUGUUUGUUGACCUUUUCCUAA